GAAGCUUUCUUUCAAAGCCAAAAGAGCUCGAUCAGAGUUCGCAGAAAGGAGGAGCUUGUAGCCAUUAGCGUUCAAGGCAAGAUCAGCCGGCACUGUCUCUCAAUCCGCCCCUCUCAACUCGCCGCAAAAUCCACCUCGUCGAUCGAGGGUUCCUUCCCUUUAGCUCCUCCUUCCCCGAUCGACCGAUCAGCAGAAGAAAGUUCGCAUUUUUAUCUUCUGGGUCCUUCGCGAUCAUGAACUGCGAAGUCUGCAAUCUCAAAGAACUGGAGGUGGAGCACUACGAGAUCCGGGAAGUGCUCCGAUGUGUACUGCACACUAUCAUCUUCCACCGAGCUUUAGGCCUUGUGCGGCCCAAAGAAAUCGACUUGGAACUUUUCGAAAUUACAUAUGUGCAAUGUGGGGAUCCAGAAGUUGAGAAGAAAAUUGAAGAGAAGAUAGAGCAAUUCAUUGGUUGGGUCGAGAAGCAUCCAAAUAAGAAAAGCCAGAUAUGUUUAUCCUUCUAUGAAGUCAAAAACAAACAUGGAUCAUGGUUCAGCAAACAAAUUGAACAACUACAUUGGGAACAUUGGUAUAUCAAUUUGAAUGUGGCCCAACAACCGAAAGUACAGUCUGUCAAGUCGCAUAAUUCCAAAGUUGUUGACACUGGGGAGAAUAACCUAGAGGAUAGAAGCAUCCGCAGGGCAGCACUGGAAGCCUCGCUUCGGGAUGUUCUGUUUCAGAUAAUAAGAUUCGUGAAUGACAAAAAGGAACAUGUACCCCCAAUCCCAAAUCGCGAAGGAGUCAUCUCAUUUCCAUAUGAAAUUAUUCUCCCAAGUUCAUCGGAUUCUGCAUUUGGAAUGGACAUGAUCAAGAGGAUGCUUCAGACUGGACAUCCUACUAUGCUGAGCUGAUUAACAUAUUUAGAUGUGGUAUCUGGUGUUAUGAAGUGGCUUCAUAUCUCUAUACCGGUUAACUCUGUGUACAUAUUCCCGAUGGACAAAAGCUGCUGAAGCAUCAUAUAAGCGACGUACGUUUGCAUAAAUAUCCGCUUGUCAUUGUACAUACCAAUUUGUAUCUAUAGUCGGAACUUUUCCCUGUGCAUUGCUGUAAUUUCCAUUCUCUCUGUAUUCCGCAGUUGAGUUCAAUUGACAGUACUAUCUUACUCAUGUUAAAUUUGUC